CUACUCCAGAAAGUCAGCCAUGUAUGAGAAGUAUGACGUCAGCAACGGUGGUCAGCCAGGUGGUGGAGGGGAGUAUGAAGUUCAGCCAGAUUUACUGCCACGGGGAGCUGCUGCACCAAGUCCAGAUGGCCAAGCUCUACCAGGACGACAAACAGUUUGUGGACAUGCCGCUGUCCUCGACUCCAAACCAAGUUCUGCAGCACUUCAGAGAGCUGGCCGCCAGCCACAACCACAGCAUUCCCCUGCCGCUGCUCCGCGCCUUCAUCCAGGAACACUUCCGGGCCGUGGGGCAAGAGCUGCAGCCCUGGACCCCCGCCGACUGGAAGGACAGCCCCCGGUUCCUGGAGAAGAUCGUGGACCCCAAACUGCGAGUGUGGGGGGAGCAGCUGCACCAGCUCUGGAAGAAGCUGGGAAAGAAGGUGAAGCCAGAGGUCCUCAGCCACCCCGAGCAGUUCUCGCUGCUCUACUCGGAGCACCCCUUCAUCGUGCCUGGAGGGCGCUUUGUCGAGUUCUACUACUGGGACUCCUACUGGGUGAUGGAGGGGCUGCUCCUGUCUGAGAUGCCCGAGACCGUGAAGGGCAUGCUGCAGAACUUCCUGGGCCUGGUGCGAAUCUACGGGCACGUCCCCAACGGGGCCCGCGUGUACUACCUGCAGCGGAGCCAGCCCCCGCUGCUGACUCUCAUGAUGCACCGCUACAUGGCUCACACCAACGACACGGCCUUCCUGCGGGACAACAUGGGAACCCUAGCUUUGGAACUGGACUUCUGGGCUGAGAACAGGACCGUCUCUGUGACCUCGGGGGGGAAGAGCUACUUGCUGAAUCACUAUUCUGUCCCUUACGGGGGACCCAGGCCCGAGUCUUACAGCAAAGACGCAGAGCUGGCAGCCACGGUACCGGAAGGGGACCGGGAAGCUCUGUGGGCUGAGCUCAAGGCUGGGGCCGAGUCUGGCUGGGACUUCUCUUCACGAUGGCUCGUCGGAGGCCCGACCCCCAACCCGCUCAGCAGCAUCCGGACCAGCCGAUUUGUGCCCGUUGACCUCAACGCCUUCCUGUGCCAGGCAGAGGAGCUGAUGAGCGACUUCUACUCCAGACUGGGGAACGACCUCCAAGCCACCAAAUACAGAAAUUUGCGGGAUCAGCGCUUGGCUGCCAUGAAAGCCAUCCUGUGGGAUGAGGAGAAGGGUGCCUGGUUUGACUAUGACCUUGACAACAGAAGGAAGAACCUAGAGUUUUACCCAUCCAACCUCACUCCUCUCUGGUCCGGCUGUUUCUCUGACCCGGGAGUCGUGGACAAGGCUCUGAAAUACCUGGAGGACAGCCAGAUCUUGACCUACCAGUACGGGAUCCCGACUUCUCUCCAGAAGACCGGCCAGCAGUGGGACUUCCCCAAUGCCUGGGCCCCCUUGCAGGACCUGGUCAUCACAGGUCUGGCCAAGUCUCCUUCACCUCGGGCCCAGGAAGUGGCUUUCCAGCUGGCUCAGAAUUGGAUCCGAACCACCUUUGAGGUCUACUCCAGAAAGUCAGCCAUGUAUGAGAAGUAUGACGUCAGCAACGGUGGUCAGCCAGGUGGUGGAGGGGAGUAUGAAGUUCAGGAGGGCUUUGGCUGGACCAAUGGCGUGGUCCUGAUGCUCCUGGACCGCUACGGUGACCAACUGCGCUCGGGGACCCAGACCGCUUUCCUGGCGCCCCACUGCCUCCCAGCUGCCCUUGUGCUCAGCCUCCUACCCAGCCUCCUGCCGCAGUGAUGGGUGUCUGGCCCCAUUAAACCUCUGCUGAGUCCCCACCCUUUCUCGCCUCUGAAGACCCCUUCCUCCUCCCCAGCCAGACC